AUGGGAUCACAGAUAACAUAUCAGCAAGUCAUAGUUGCUGCUAUUACAGGCAGACUUGGGAGCAUUGAAGCGGCCCAGAAAUACUUGCAGAAGUGCUUAUAUUCCGUCAAUAUUGGAGGCAAUGAUUACUUGAACAGGCAUUUGUAUGAACUAGGGGCAAGAAAGGUGACGGUUGUUGAAGUGGGGCAGAUAGAAUGCCUUCCAAGACAAAUUAGCAAGUGUGGUAGCUGUGCACAAGAGCAGAACGAAGCCGCCUCGACGUUUGAUUCAAAGCUCAGAUCACUGGUUUCUCACUUCAAUUCACAGUUCUCCGGCGACGCCUCCUUCAUUUUCGUCAACAUCACCGCCAUCACCACCCUUAACCCUCACUUUCUGGGGAUUGAAGGUUCAGAAGUCUUCUUGUUGCCGAAAGUUGGUGUCGUUUACUGGGCUCUGGUGAUGGCGGUGGCUGCAACUUAUUAUGCAGAGGGAAAGCCCUGUAUGUACAUAUUUGGAGACUCUUUGUCUGAGCAUGGAAAUAACAACCUCCUUCCCACCUUGGCUAAAUACAAUUACCCUCCCUAUGGCAUCGACUUCCCUUUCGGAGCCACCGGAAGAGCCACCAAUGGCCGCACUGCCCCCGACUUCCUCUCUGAACUUAUGGGGUUGCCGUUGAUUCCACCCUUUGCAAAUACAAGAGGUUCAGAUAUUCUGAAAGGGGUCAAUUAUGCUUCUGGUGCUGCAGGAAUUCUCUUUGACACCGGCGAGAAAAUGGGUGCCGACAUCAGCAUGGACGCACAGAUAAGGAAUCAUGGAAUCACAGCCUCUGCCAUUGCUGCGAGAUUUGGGGGUGUGGAAGCAGCCCGAAGAUACUUAAAUAAGUGCUUAUACUAUGUCAAUAUUGGCAGCAACGAUUACCUAAACAACUAUUUCAUGCCCCAGUAUUACCCAUCAAGCCACAUCUACAACUUAACCCAGUUCACUGAUCUUCUUAUUGCUCAAUAUUCUCGGCAAUUAAGGGCGUUGCAUGCAGUAGGAGGCAGAAAGUUUGCUUUGGUGAGCUUGGGGUCCAUCGGAUGCGCGCCGGCGGUAACUGCAGCAAAUAAUGGCUCGUGUGUGCAACAGCAGAACACAGCGGCCUCCAUGUUUAAUGAAAAGCUCAGACAAUUGGUUGAUCGCCUCAACUCAGACUUCCCUGCUAAUCCCGCCCACCUUCAUUUUUGGUUCAAGGUUGUAAACGCAAGUUGUUGCCAAACGGUGGCGUCGACGGGGCUGUGUGUUGCGAACGGGACGCCAUGCAAGAACAGGGACGAGUUCGUAUUUUGGGAUGGGUUUCAUACCACUGAGGCUGUCAACAGAAUCUUUGCGAGUUCUGCAUAUAAUGCAUCAAAUCCAGCUUUCACUUACCCUGCCGAUAUCGCCUGUUUAGCUAUUUUUCUUAAUCCCUCCCCGUGA